GAUACUGCGGUCGAAGUUACAUCUCGUAUAUUCCUUCUUAUAAUAUUUAUCUUUCAGCGAUAGUUGUACGUGUAAAUUUCCGUUUUUUGUUUAUUUUCCGCAUAUUCAGAUCUCAUAAUUCCUGCUAGUUAUAAUAUUAUUCAAGAAAGAUGUGCAUGUUCUGGCUGCUAUAGUUUCUGUAGUAAAAGUUUGCUGUUUGCAGAUUUGGUGCCGCGGUAUCGCUUCCCUUUCCACGUUAAACAAUGAUAUUCCUCAUACAUAUUAUCCUCGGCAUUUCUCUCGUAUUUUCUAUUUAUAUUUUUCGUCGUAAAAGGCUUCGACUUCCGCCGGGACCAUCCGGCAUCCCGCUGCUCGGUUAUUUGCCAUGGAUAGAUUCCGAGCGUCCUCAUGUGUCGCUGACAAAUCUGGCGAGGAAGUAUGGACCGAUUUGUGGGCUGCGAAUGGGCUCGGUUUAUACGAUCUUGCUGUCGGAUCCUCAGCUGGUAAGGCAGGCCUUUGCGAAGGAUGCAUUUGCCGGUAGGGCCCCGCUAUAUUUAACGCAUGGAAUAAUGCAGGGAUACGGCAUCAUUUGCGCUCAGGGUGAUCUCUGGAGGGAUCAGCGAAGAUUCGUAGUCGGAUGCCUGAAGAAUUUUGGCAUGGUUAAGUUACCCGGUACCAAGAGGGACAGAAUGGAGGAAAGGAUUCUCACGGCCGUGAGCGAAUGCAUAUCGAAAUUAAAAGAUCGCGCUACGGAAGACGGUAUCGAUCCACUGGAAAUACUUCAUCAUUGCGUGGGCAAUCUGAUGAACGAUCUCGUAUUCGGCAAAAUUUACGAGGAGGACGACGAGGUGUGGAAAUGGCUGAGACAUUUGCAGGAGGAAGGAGUCAAGCAUAUCGGAGUCGCAGGGCCGCUCAACUUUUUACCGCUCCUCAGAUUUUUACCACGAUAUGGCAAAUUAAUGGCGUCACUUAUCGAUGGCAAAUUGAAAACACAUCAAAUAUAUCAAACGUUUAUCGAUGAGCAUCGUGCUCGGCUUGAAAAGACAGAUAACAUUCUUGCGGCUUUCGACGAUGUGAUGAGAAGCAAUGUAAACAAUCCUGGAUACUUUACGCAACCUCAAUGUUAUCAUCUCUUGGCCGAUCUUUUCGGCGCAGGCACCGAUACGACCUUUACAACUCUUCGAUGGUUUUUGCUUUUCAUGGCGACGCAUCCAGUCGAACAAAAAAAAAUUCACGAUGAAAUGAACGAACUGUUGGGACAAAAGCCGGCCAGUUUGGAGGACAGACUUGUUUUAAUUCGACUGGAAGCUGCCAUCGCGGAGACACAAAGAUUGCGAAGCGUUACACCGCUUGGCAUUCCUCAUGGAACAAUAGAGAACACGCAAAUAGGCGAUUAUGACGUACCGAAAGGCACCAUGGUUAUUCCGUUGCAGUGGGCUAUUCAUACGGAUCCUUCAUACUGGCACGAUCCGCUCUCUUUCAAAAUCGAAAGAUUUAUUGCUGAAGAUGGAAGUCUUGCCAAGCCAAAAGCUUUUUUGCCUUUUCAAACGGGUAAACGUAUGUGCAUCGGUGAUGAAUUCGCCAAGAUGAUAUUAUUUCUCUUUGCUGCAAGGAUUCUUCGCUCAUUUGUUAUAUCGGUGCCACCCGGUACACACAUUGAUCUAGAGGGCGAAUGCGGAAUUACUCUGAUUCCAAAACCGCAUCGGUUGGUUUUUACGUUGCGGGAAUAAAUUACAAUAUUUUUCUUAUACUCAUUAAUAUUAUAUACACA